AUGCUUCUGGCCGGAGCGGUGGAGCGAAGGCGUGCGAUGUCGCUGAAUCGGAAUAACAAUUCGAGUCCAGAAACCCGAUCUCACGAGACAGGAAACUCUACGGACAGUGCUAAUAACACCUCACCUCGUAAUUCUUCAUCACAAGAUUCUACUAUUGAAGAGACAGGCGGGAGUUCGGUCAAGGCAUUCGAGUUCGCCUCGGAUGAGAUGAUCGCUCGGGUUCUCGCCUCCUGUCCACGUGCUCGACAAAUAGCCUCCUAUGCUGGGCAACGGUCAUUCCGCACUGUGGUUGGUCAAGUUAUUAUUCACUGGAAGCUACUAUCAUUUCCAGAUGUUUCUUUGUGUGUUGAAACUGAUACCGAUUUGUCUGUUGCCCAAACUUGGCCUGAAUCUGUAAUUUUUAUUAAAACCCAGCUAAAUGUUAAAGGCUAG